UGGGGCAAGAUGGAAGCUGUACAAAAGGACCACUGGUACUUUGUGGUACUCAUCUUUCUCCCUUUUCUUAAAGUUGCUGUCCAGCAGAAAGAGGCUGUUACAGUUCGACUGGAGGAAGGGAUGGUUCUUGACUGUUUGUGUCCCUGGGAUGGCAACCUCAGCAUGGUGUCCUGGACUAAAGUGCCAGACAAGUAUCCAAUUGCUGUUUUCCAUCCAGAGUACGGGGUGGCCUUCUCUCAUCAUUACAGGAGGAGGGUAGAGUUCCUGAGGACCACACCUAUGGAUGGAAGUAUUUCCAUGAUGAACGUCACUCAUCAGGAUAUUGGGCUGUAUCACUGCUCUGUUCAGACCUUCCCUCAAGGACCCUGGACCAGGAACGUCCAGGUGGAGGAUUUAGAUGAGCCCCCCGAAGAAGAAGAAGAUAUCACAGAGGCACCCAGCCCACUCACCCCAGAGGUGACUGUAGCAGACAUAGAGUUGGAGGCAGAGCAAAACAGCAACCUGACCAUCGGCUGUAACCACAAGCACAACGGUACCAUUCACCAGGUCAUUUUGGAGAGGAUGCCGCACAGCCAGCCCUGGGGCAUCAUCGGUGUGUGUAAGAAGGUUGAAAUGGGCCUGGUGAGCGAGGACUACAGCGACAGGGGAACGGUCAGCUGUGCCGACAGCCUGGAUGUCAGCCUGCACCUGACAGGUGUGGUGCUGGACGAUGGAGGUUUCUACCGCUGUACCUUCAGCACAGAUGUUGGGGUGCAGACCACCACUGUGCUGCUCUCAGUGGCAAUUCCAGGUGGAUUCAGCCUAUCUGUGUACAUGAUGUUUAUUUACAUCGGGGCUGGAACUGCUGUGCUUGUUCUAUUCAUCGUCAUCAGCAUAGUAGCAUUAAGGCAAAGGAAGAAGAACAGGAGAGAGGAAUACAGAGUCAAACUGCACCCAUCUCAGAGACAGCCCAACUUGUACGAGAACAUCCCAAUGUGCCCCAGGAUUACAAAGAAGUCCAGACAGAUAAGAACUUGCCCUGUGUAUGCCAACCUUCAGACUGUGCAAUCGCACAAAACCAGACGUCAGCGUCAUGAUAAAUGAGCACACAUAAAUAUGAUGUACUGCAUAAUGUGAACGCGUAGUUUUUUAUCUGACGCAGAUGUCAGUGCGUGCCAGAGUUUUUUACAAACAAAUCAUGUAUAUGAACAAAAAUAAAGGUAUUUUGACAAGCGCUGAGCACAAUUUAUUUGAGUUUUUUUAAUAAGGCGCAGGGAUCUCGCUGACACCGAUUAAUAUUCGUACAGUAAUUUGAAAUGCAUUAACAAGCUGGUGCUCAUGUAAGCCUCAGAACGCUGACGAGUUUUGUUGGGUCAGGCCCGUAAUUAAAUGUAGUAUGUGCUGCAUAAUUACUGUUGGGAAAAUAUUUGUUUUGGGCAAAACAAUAUGACAGUAACCAUCAUGCAGAAAGAGCAGACAAAAGUCUGUAUAAUCAUUCUUUUCACUUCCCUAACCCCUGAGUAAAACGAUUGACAAAAGCUUGUGUAAUUGCUCUCCUUUUAUUUUCAUCCCUCCUGGUUUCCAUUCAAAGCUUGACAAUGGUGUCUAAUCAUCUAACGGAAAAGAAAAGCAGUCACUCAGCACUGUACCAUCACUUGAGACUGUUGCUUUCCCCAAAGGACUCUCUGUUUAGGAUGGCUGCAUUCUAGUUGCAACACGCUCUUAUUAUGAAAGCGAAGCUCUAAUUAGCUAAUCCUGUGCUUCAGUUUAUAGCUCCUGAUACUUUGUCUAUCUUUUGUUUAUUAAAGAAUCUUUGAGGUUUUUUUUAAUUUUUUUUUAUUCAGCUUUAUGAAAUGUAAUUAAAAAACAAACGUAUUUUUUUUUAUGAUAAGCUGUCACAAGUUUUCCAAGUUAUAUUUAUUGUUUUUAUGAUUUUCAAGCUUGCCUAUAUGCUAUUGUAAAUCAGUAUUUAAGGUUUACGGUAGCACUAUUAAACUGUGUUG